AUGCCUACAGUGCUUGAAAAUGCCCUUGAGGCAAUCUGCUUAGAAGCAAAAAAAAAUGGCUCUUCAAUGUGGCUAGACGCCGAACAACAAACCCUGCAGCCAGGACUCGACGAAUGGGCCAUUCAUCUUAUGCGAAAACACAACCGUGAAGAAAGGAUCCUGAUCUACAAUACGAUUCAAGCCUAUCUCAAGGGUUCCCAGGCCAAUGCCGAACGACAUAUCACAUUAGCAACACAGGAGGGCUGGGGGUUAGGCAUCAAGCUGGUUCGAGGUGCCUACAUUGAACAUGAGGAUCGGUCACUGAUUCACGAUACCAAAGAGGAUACUGAUGAUUCUUAUAAUCGUAUCGCUCAAAUGUUUAUCAAUCAAGAGCCUCGAACGGGGUGGAAAGACGAUCUACAGUUUCCGUUGACAGUGCUCGUUCUGGCUACCCACAAUGCUGAUAGCGUCAGAAAUGCAAUUUUGGCACAUCACCAGAGGCUGUCUGCCGGGUUGCCUACAGUGGUCUUGGAGUGUGCUCAACUUCAAGGAAUGGCCGAUGAACUGGGCUGUGAGCUCUUGCAUGCGGAAAGCAUGUCAAUGAGCCAAGAGGUCAUUCCUCGCACUUACAAGUUCUUGACUUGGGGGUCUGUUUCGGAGUGUAUGGGCUAUCUCCAUCGUCGGGCUAUUGAGAACCGCGGGGCUGUGGAAAGAACGCAACAUAUGACCACUGCCCUGAGAAAUGAGUUGGUCAUUCCAUCCUUCACUCUCGAGUCAGGUGUUACAUUGAACAAUGUACCCGUUGCAUAUACUACUCAUGGUGUUCUCUCGCCCAAUGGUGAUAAUGUCCUGGUUAUCUGCCACGCUUUAACCGGAAGUGCCGACGUCGCAGAUUGGUGGGGUCCUCUCCUGGGUGGUCCUGGUCAGGCCUUCGAUUUAUCCCGAUUUUUCGUGGUCUGCCUGAAUAGUCUGGGUAGCCCAUACGGCAGUGCGAGUCCAGUGACUUAUAAGGACGGAAAGCCAGAGAAUGGCUACUAUGGUCCUGAGUUCCCCCUUACCACCAUUCGCGAUGAUGUAAAAAUUCACAAAAUGGUUCUAGAUGAUCUCGGCGUGAAGCAGAUUGCAGCAGUGGUUGGAGGCUCAAUGGGUGGCAUGCUUACUCUCGAGUAUGCUUUCUUUGGCAAGGAAUAUGUGCGCUCCAUCGUGCCUAUUGCCACCUCGGCUCGCCACUCAGCCUGGUGUAUUGGCUGGGGUGAAGCACAGCGCCAGAGUAUCUAUAGUGAUUCCAAGUAUGACGGUGGUCAUUAUUCCUUUGAUGAUCCGCCCUCUACUGGUCUUGGGGCAGCACGUAUGUCAGCGCUGCUUACCUACCGCAGUCGUGACUCGUUCGAGUCACGUUUUGGUCGGAACGUGCCAGAAUCGAUCGAGAAAGCAAACAUCAAUGGCACUGAGAAGCUUCCCGCUCACUCCAAUGAGCACUGGACAAUCCAUAACGAUGGCCACCGAGAUGGAACGUACAGGGAUCCGCAAUUAUAUGGCACCAAGACCUUCUCAAACUCAAUGCCAGCCAAGACCAAAUCUGUUCGCAGCCAUCCUAGUCCACCUACCUUAUUCACUACUCAAUCUUACCUCCGGUACCAGGGAGAGAAGUUUGUGAAUCGAUUUGAUGCCAACUGCUAUAUUUCCCUAACCCGCAAGCUUGACACUCAUGAUGUGGCCCGGCAUCGUUCUGCCAAGGCUACCAAGGACCCUAUCCAUGACGCUCUUUCUCGAGUAGAGCAACCCACUUUGGUUCUGGGUAUUGAGUCAGAUAGCCUUUUCGUUCUUACCGAGCAACAGGAGAUUGCUGCGGGUAUCCCCGACUCGCGCUUCAAGCGCAUCGAGAGCUCCGAGGGCCACGACGCUUUCCUCCUGCAGGUCAACCAGGUCAACCUCCACAUCUUGGAUUUCUUUCACGAGGUUCUUCCUGAUAUUAUGGGUCCGGGAAAUAGUAAUGAUACAUUCCGCACAUAA